UAGUGAGUACUGGCAACAAAGUUGAAAAGCCAGCGUCAUCACCGCUUCUCCCCAGUAGGAAGGGCGAUAGCUAGCUGGCUAGCUCAGAGUGACGAUGGCAGUAAACCUCAGCAAAAAUGGGUCUGCAUUAACGGCAGCAUAUCAAGAAGUGGUUAACGAAAAAUCCAGCACCAACUGGGCCUUGUUCACAUAUGAGGGAAACAGUAAUGACAUCCGCCUGGCAGAGAAGGGGGAUGGAGGACUUGAAGAGUUGGUUGAGGAACUGAACAGUGGAAAAGUGAUGUAUGCUUUCUGCCAGGUCCAGGAUCCAAAUUCUGGUUUGUCUAAAUAUGUCCUCAUCAACUGGACUGGUGAAGGAGUGAAUGAUGUCAGAAAAGGAUUAUGUGCAAAUCAUGUCAGUUCCAUGGCAAACUUUCUGAAGGGGGCCCAUGUCACAAUAAAUGCCAGAGCAGAAGAGGAUGUGGAACCUGAAGUGAUUAUGCAGAAGGUCGCCAAAGCUUCAGGAGCCAACUAUAGCUUCCACAAAGAAGCUUCAAAACACUUCCAAGACAGUGGUCCACAGGGUCCUGUGGGAUCCGUGUAUCAGAAGACCAAUGCAAGAUCUGAAAUCAAAAGUACUAAUAAAGACAACUUCUGGGCUCAGGCAGAGAAAGAAGAGGAGAAACGGCGAGUGGAGGAGAAGCGCAAAGCUGAGGAGGAACGACAGCAACUGGAAAGGGAGAGGAAAGACAGGGAGGCCAAAGAGAUGGCAGUGAGGGAGAAACGGGACAAGGAGAGGGCUCAUCAAAUCGACGAGAGGAAGAAAUACCAGCAGCAGCAGGAAGCUGAGAGCAGAGAGCAGGAGAAACGUCGGGCGGAACAGGAGGAGAAGCAAGCAGACCAGAGGAAAGGGCUCUGGCGAGGUGCGUCUGUGGAGAAGGCCAAUGAGGCAGCCAGUCUCAUCUCUCAGCGUUCCACCAACCCCAGAGACAUGUUUAUUAAGAGGGAGAGAGGAAUCACCCCCAGGGACACAGAUUCCUCCUCUGUGAUCCCUCAGACAGGAGCUGUUCAAACCCCAUUUCUGUCAAAGCAGUCAUAUGAGCCUGAGCGAGCCAGUUCACCUCAGCGCCAACCCUCUCCUGUGCCAGCACGCUCUGCAUCUCCUAUCAGUGCCACAGAGCCUGAUGUGGAUGAGGGAUGGUCCAGGUUUGAGUAUGGUGAGGAGGAGCCGGCCCACCAGGAGCAGCAGAAAGAGGUUACGCCAGCUGCCAACUCCUCCUUCCAGGACGCCACUUUCAGUGAUCACUAUGAAGAGCUUGCUCAGGUGGAACAGAGUAACACGUAUGAAGUGCCUGCAGAUGUGACUUCUGACAGAGGCCUUUGUGCCAGAGCCUUAUAUGACUACCAGGCUGCUGAUGACACAGAGAUCUCCUUUGAUCCAGACGAAAUAAUCACCGGGAUUGAAAUGAUAGACGAGGGCUGGUGGCGAGGUUAUGGUCCUGACGGUCAUUUUGGAAUGUUUCCAGCCAAUUACGUAGAGCUUCUCUAGCUCUGAGCGCUGGGCCAGAUCACCCCACAGGUGGACCCAGAGGACGACUGCAGUCAAAAAAACAAAAAAAAAAACAGCAAGUCAGCCGUCACAGCAGAAACUGAGCAAAGCGUGCUCAGAAAUUUUUGAGCAGAGACUGGGUGUAGGCCAGGUACUCUCUGCAUCCGUCCUCUGUGACAAAAGGAUUUCCAUUAAAUUGAUGUCCUGAGCAAUCAGUGGCAUAGUUUAGAGAUUUGAUUAAAAAGACAGACUAGACAAAAGUCACUCUGACCUGUCAGUGCGAUGCAGCAUAGUAACAUCAGCUUUCAUCAAUGUUGAAUCUGAACUGUGAGCAUUCAUAGUAAUUGUAGUGGCAUUCCAUAAAAACUUUUAUUUCCGUUAGCAUUCCGUUGUUCCCUGUAGCAGUCGCUCCUGUCUACUCUUCAGGAGUCUGAACAAAAAUGUUGGUGGUACAGUUGCAUUUUAUUCACCUGCUUUGUUUGCCUUUUUUUUUUUUUUUUUUUUUUUUUUACACUGCACUGACUGUUUCUUUUGUGAUCUGACUUGCUUCCUGUGACCGUUUGAAAUUAUGUUUUAGCAGAUUAUGGUUGUGAUUAUUUAAAACUGAUUGCUGUGAUCUGGUCAGUUGAUUUUUGCUAAGAGAGUUCCCUUUAACUGUGACUAUAGAACAGAACGUUUGUUUGCACCCAUUUCUCUUAUCCAACCCAAAUCAUUUGUAUGUGUGUAACUUCAGGGAAACUUUUCUUUUUCUUUUCCUUUCUUGUCUGGAUCUUGCUGGUGUGAGGUUGACUGUCCACAUUUCUGUAAUAUGUCAUGGUGGAGCUGUGAAUGCAGAAAAGGCUUCUGAGAUUUAUGCAAGCACUCUGUUUUUUUUUUUGUUUUGUUUUUUGUUUUAAGUCUAUGCUUGAGACUAGUGAUCAGUUGACAAAAAAAUGUAUCUGAAAGUAUCAUUCUUAAUGUUUUGUUUUCCAGAGUAUAUUGUAAUGCACAGACUUUCUGCAUAAUAAAGUAUUGAUAAAUAA